AUGGAGUUUCAUUCUCUUCCCAAUCUCUUCCUUCUUCUCUCCUUCUCAAUCCUCUUCCUCUCAUCUCUUCACGUUCAAGCUAAAGUUACUUUCAAAUAUUGCGAUAAGAAGGAAGAUUAUCCUGUCAAGGUGACUGGAAUUGAAAUAUUACCAAACCCUGUCGUCAGUGGCAAUCCAGCCAAUUUUAAGAUCUCAGCUAUCUCUGGUAAGGCUCUUUAUGGUGGAGAUGUGGUAAUUGGAGUUUCCUAUGUUGGUGUGCCUGUCCAUACUGAAACCAUUGAUCUGUGUCAGGAAGUAUCUUGUCCCGUUGCUAAUGGAAAUUUUGUGAUUUCUCACACCCAAACAUUGCCUUCAAUUACUCCACCGGGACCUUAUGCUUUGAAGAUGACACUGAAGGACGACAAGGGCGAUCUGUUAACUUGCAUCAGGUUUAAUUUUAAAAUUGUUUUGGGGUCUCUCGUGUCUGAGAUGUGA